UGAAGGCAUGGCACAAAGAAGAACAUGCUCUAUAACAGGCAGUUGGACGCGGUGCGAAGACAAUUGGUUCGUGAUUUUCUUAUGAUGAUAUAUGUCCUCGCUCGCCACUGUGAAGCGUGAGGGGACUACGAGGCCAUCCUUCGCGAGGUUCAUCUUAGAGCACUAGAAACAGUACCAACUCGAAGACAAGGACCUGGGAUACGUUGCAGGAACGAUAUUUGCGGCCGGUUCUGAUGCAGUAAGCUCUUGCAUUACAUCGCGUCUUCACUUGACAACUGUUCGUCCGCAAUCACAAUUAUGAUGAUGGCUGCUGCCACCCACACAGAUACGCAGGCUCGCGUACAAGAAAAACUCGAUAACGUCGUGGGGCGUACGCGGCUGCCGACUUUUGAUGAUCAGGAAAUGCUGCCGCAGGUUACCGCGUUCAUGCUCGAGAGUUUGAGGUGGAGACCUGUCAGUCUUGGAGGCUUUGCGCAUCGCGCGACCAAGGACAUCAUUUGGAAGAACUACCUGAUUCCGGCAGGUACGACUGUGAUUGGGAACCAUUGGGCUAUCGCAAACGAUCCUGAGGUCUUCCCGGAACCACACACGUUUAAUCCUCAGCGUUGGAUUGACGAUGCGGGUCGUGUGCGCGGUGAUCUCCGAUUUUUCACUUUUGGCUUUGGCCGCCGAGUGUGUCCUGGUCAGCAUGUCGUGAAUCGGUCAGUCUUCAUCACCACAGCUCUUAUUCUCUGGGCUUUCCGCCUUUCGGAGAAUCCUGCAGCAAAGAUCGAUACGCUUGCAUUCUCGGACAGUGCAACAUACGUGCUGCUCCGUUUGAGAUAUGUUUGGAGAAGAGGAUCGAUGAGAAUGUGGUCAGGGAACUAUGCGCACCGGGGGAGUGAACUUCUUUAUGAACUCAAAAGUUCUUAUGCAGGGUGACGUAGCGACUGAAUUUAUACAGGUUGUGUCUUUUGUUCUUUCUCUUCGUCCCAGAUUUGCAGGGCUUUAUUUUUGGAAGCAGUGACGAUCCAUCGAUUGUCUUGGAGGAACGCGAGUGUUGUCGCUGUUUUCAUGUGUGCUGGGGCCGGCGUCCCUCGCCUUCUCACCAUAAGAAACGCUUCUUUUACCACAUCGCGAUGCAAUCCUGACAUCACUGAACAAGGAGAUGGACGUCAAUAGCGUUAUUACUAUGAUGUUGUUUAUUACCCGCAAUUCCAUCUAUCCUGCUUUGCCUCUCCCAAAAGCUUUUGUCCUUGGCUGUCACGAGUUCUUGUCGAACAUAGCU